UUCUCUCCUCCCCCUAAAACCCUAAUCCCGCCGGCUGGUUAAACCCUAGCACCGCCUUCUGGGCAAGCAAUCCGGACUCAUUCGCACGCCCUGCCGAUAAGAUUCCGGGAAGAAUCAGCAUCAGCAGCGGAAACGAUCGACGAUGAGGAAGAAGGUGGACGAACGGAUCAGGACGCUCAUCGAGAACGGCGUCAAGAACCGCCACCGGUCCAUGUUCGUCGUCGUCGGCGACAAGUCCCGCGACCAGAUUGUGAAUCUUCACUACAUGCUGAGCAAGGCGGUGAUCAAGUCUAGGCCGACCGUCUUGUGGUGCUACAGGGAUAAGCUUGAACUCAGCAGUCACAAGAAGAAACGGGGAAAGCAAAUAAAAAAGUUGAUGCAGAGGGGCCUCUUGGAUCCAGAAAAGGUUGACCCUUUUUCGCUCUUCGUGGAAAGCGGAGGGUUGACAUAUUGCUUGUACAAGGAUUCUGAAAGAAUUCUUGGAAACACUUUUGGAAUGUGCAUACUUCAGGAUUUUGAAGCUUUGACCCCAAAUCUACUUGCCAGAACAAUCGAAACAGUGGAGGGUGGUGGGUUGAUUGUAUUGCUGCUUCGGAAUCUCUCCUCAUUGACUAGUCUUUAUACCAUGGUUAUGGAUGUUCACGAGAGGUUCCGUACCGAAUCCCAUUCUGAGGCUGCUGGACGCUUUAAUGAAAGAUUCUUGUUAUCACUUUCUUCGUGCAAAUCAUGUGUUGUUAUGGAUGACGAGCUCAAUGUUUUACCAAUAUCUUCUCACAUCAGAUCAAUUACUCCAGUUCCAGCAAAAGAGGACUCUGAAGGGCUAUCAGAAGCGGAGAGGGACCUAAAAGAUUUAAAAGAGCAACUCAAUGAUGAUUUUCCUGUUGGACCUUUGAUAAGGAAAUGCUGCACUCUAGAUCAGGGGAAAGCUGUCACUACAUUUCUUGAUGCAAUAUUGGAUAAGGCUCUACGUAAUACAAUUGCUUUACUUGCUUCUCGGGGUCGUGGUAAAUCAGCUGCCCUUGGCUUAGCAAUCGCUGGUGCCAUUGCUGCUGGGUAUUCAAAUAUCUUUGUGACUGCACCAAGUCCAGAGAAUUUGAAAACUUUAUUUGAAUUUGUUUGCAAGGGAUUUGAUUCAUUUGAAUACAAGGAACAUAUUGAUUAUGAUGUGGUGAGAAGUGCCAGUCCAGAGUUUAAAAAGGCAAUAGUGAGAAUUAAUAUUUACAGGCAGCACAGACAAACAAUUCAGUACAUACAACCACAUGAGCAUGAGAAGCUUUCCCAAGUUGAAUUGUUGGUUGUUGAUGAAGCAGCUGCAAUUCCACUGCCAGUUGUUAAAUCAUUGCUUGGUCCAUAUCUGGUUUUCCUCUCAUCCACAGUAAAUGGUUAUGAAGGUACUGGGCGUUCUUUAUCACUGAAACUUCUACAGCAAUUGGAAGAGCAAAGUCAUGCAACAGUUAAUGGUGCUGAGGCAGCUCAUUCUGGUCGUCUCUUCAAGAAGAUUGAACUGGCCGAAUCUAUCAGAUAUGCUUCUGGUGAUCCAAUUGAAUCCUGGCUCAAUGCAUUGCUUUGCCUUGAUGUUGCCAAUUAUGUUCCUAGUAUUACCAGGUUACCCUCUCCCAGUGAGUGUGAUCUCUACUAUGUAAAUAGAGAUACACUUUUUUCCUAUCACAAGGACAGUGAGUUGUUUUUACAGAGGAUGAUGGCCUUAUAUGUUGCAUCUCACUACAAAAACUCACCGAAUGAUUUACAAUUAAUGGCUGAUGCUCCAGCACACCACUUGUUUGUAUUGCUUGGACCCGUUGAUGAGUCCCGGAAUCAACUGCCCGACAUCUUGUGUGUCCUACAGGUCUGUCUUGAAGGACAAAUAUCUCGUAAAUCUGUGAUUAAAAGUCUAAGUGAUGGGCAUCAACCCUCUGGAGAUCAAAUUCCAUGGAAGUUCUCUGAGCAGUUCCAGGACACUGUUUUCCCUAGUCUAUCUGGUGCUAGGAUUGUGCGAAUUGCCACACAUCCUAGUGCAAUGAGGCUUGGAUAUGGCUCAACUGCUGUGGACCUCUUAUCGAGAUACUUUGAAGGACAGUUGACAAAUAUUUCAGAAGCAGAGAUUGAAAAUAUGGAAGAGGAGCCACCUGUCAGAGUGACAGAAGCAGCACAGAAGGCAUCUUUGCUGGAAGAGAACAUAAAACCCAAAGCUAAUCUUCCUCCUUUGCUAGUACAUCUUCGUGAAAGACGGCCUGAAAAGCUCCAUUACAUUGGUGUCUCCUUUGGUCUUACUCUGGACCUUUUUCGCUUCUGGAGGAAACAUAAGUUUGUCCCAUUUUACAUUGGCCAGAUUCCAAAUACCGUGACUGGUGAACACACCUGUAUGGUUUUGAAGCCUUUAAAAAAUGAUGAUAUUGAUGUCACUGGAUCUGAUCAGUGGGGUUUUUUCAGUCCAUUUUAUAGAGAUUUUAAGCAAAGGUUUGCAAGGCUUUUGAGCUAUGGUUUUCGUAAUAUGGAAUAUAAACUUGCUAUGAGCAUAUUGGAUCCGAAGAUCAACUUUAAUGAUGAGGAAAUCAACCCAUCUAACUCGGAAGGAUUUUCUCUCAACCAAAUUUUAUCACCUCAUGAUAUGAAGCGACUUGAAGCUUAUACUAAUAAUCUUGCUGAUUAUCAUAUGAUUCUGGACACUGUGCCAAUUCUUUCGCAUACAUACUUCCAGGAGAAGCUUCCAGUUUCUUUAUCAUAUGCUCAGGCAUCAGUCUUGCUAUGCGUUGGAUUGCAGCAUCAUGACAUCAGUUAUGUUGAGGGACAAAUUAAGUUGGAGAGGCAGCAAAUUUUGUCUUUGUUCAUCAAGGUUAUGAAAAAGUUCUACAAACAUCUACAUGCUAAUGCAGCAAAGGAGAUAGACUCUGCCCUACCUCGCUUGAAAGAGGUCGUUUUGGAACCACACAGUGUAUCUGUGGAUGAAGAUCUAAAUGAGGCAGCGAAGAAAGUUGAGGACGAGAUGAAGACCAAGGCAGAGGGUUUCCUAAACCCUGAAUUUCUUCAACAGUAUGCCAUUGUUGGAAGAGAAUCCGAUUUCGAGAGUGCUCUGCAAAACGGAGGUAAGAUCGCCUCAGGUGGCGUCAUCAGUGUCAAAUCUAGUGGAGAGAAAAAGGAGAAACAUAAAAAGCACAAAGAGAAUCAAGAGAGCGGGAAAAAGCGAAGCAGGAACAACCCUGGCUCCAAAUCUGACAAGAAACGGAAGUCCUAAGUCAUUAUUCUUGUAUUGUUAGUCAUUGUCUUAAGUUUAUAUUUUUGUAUUGUUAAUCAUUGAUAUUACUCCCAUGCUAACGGCGUGAUGCAAUUUUGUUAGUGUAUCAAGGGACCAAGUGCAGUCAUUUUUUUAUGAAUGGAAGAAGCAUUUGGGUAGAGUCUCUGCUGAA